UGAGGAACGGAAUGGAAUGGAAUGAAUGAAUGUUCACAACAACCCAAAAGCAACUUUGCCACCGUCAGUAUUGGCGAUGCUGAGCUGUGGGGGCCAGGUUUAAGAAGACAGUGGGGUUGCGGAGGGCUGUGACAGCUCUCAGGCCAUGAGUAGGGCAGACUCGUGACUCAGGACAGCGUGAAGCCGACUCUAACACCGACCGGCGGCAGACAUGAGUAGCGGUAGCAACUGCACAGGCCACCUACUAGCAUUGGGGAUCCCCUCCAUGACGUUUGCGUGGGGACUGUGGGCCCUCUUAGGGGUUGUGACAGUGUUGCUUCUCAUUUCGCUGGCUGUACUCUUGUCCCAGUGGACCAGCCGUCGGAGCAGGAGCCAGGAGGGGCAGGGACACUCCGGAGGGUCCGUGGAAGAAAUUCCCCUGUAUGGGAACCUGCACUAUUUACAGACAGGACGGCUGUCUGAAGAGCCAAGGCCAGAAGGGCAGGACCCAUCUUCUGGAGGCCCUGCCAGGGCUACAGAGGAGGCGACGUGCUACACUAGCCUGCAGCUGCGACCUGCACAAGGUCGGAUCCCCAGCUCUGGGACCCCCAUAAAGUACUGUGAGGUGGUGCUGGACUCUGAGCCAAAGCCCCAGGCCCCGGGCCCUGAGCCGGAACUCUAUGCCUCAGUGUGCGCCCAGACACGCAGAGCCCGGGCUUCCUUCCCAGAUCAGGCCUAUGCCAACAGUCAGCCUGCACCCAGCUGAGGAGGACCUGCAACUGUGGGCAACCAUGGCUCGCUACUGGAUCAGGGACUCCCGCCACCUUGGCUAGUGCAUGCCUCCUUCCCGACUACCCCCAGGAGGUUGUGACAGUUGAUGUUACUUAGUGCCCUUGCAAGGCACGCAUCUCAGAGUAUGAAGGUUCCUGACUGCCUGAGGAUGGAGUUGCAAGACCCCACCCCCUUCCACUUAUCUUUUCUAUGUGUUCCUGUAAGCCCCCAAACUCCCUGCUUCACACUUUUUCCUCCUUCCGGGGUUUAGCCGGGUUCCCUAUCUCCCCUUCUCAGCUUAUCAGAUACCUCAUUGUCUUCUCAGACACAGGAAGUGGGCAGGGAGGAGGUGGUAAGAGCCAGAGAGGAUGUGGGUGGGUACCAUGUAUGGGAGCCCACACUGAAAGGCUUCUGGAGCCUCGGUCUUGAUAACUGGCCUGAAAACCCUGGACAGAGCAUGGUCUCCAUGCUGCUGUC